AUGAACACGGUUAAUACCCAUCCUGUGCUGCUAGUUGCAGCUGCUGAUAACUCUGAAGGGUUGCCACCUACAAUUAGGCGUUGUUUCAACCAUGAAACGAAAAUGGGAGGUUUGACCGAAGACCAGAGAGUGGAAAUGCUAUCCCAAUCACUUCACCUUAUCUCUGAAUUGGUUCCAGAUACUUGUAAAGAGGAUGUUGUAAAAGAUAUGUUUGGACAGACUUUUGGUUUCAUGCCAAGGGAUAUUAGGGCUUUAGUUGCUGAUGCUAGUUCAAGUUUGAUUCCUAUUAAUGGCAGUAGCUUUGAGAAGUUGGGUGACAGCAAAGAAUUCAUGGUCAAAGCUUUGGAGAGGUCAAAGAAAAGGAAUGCAUUGGCUUUGGGGAAUCCCAAGGUCGCUAAUGUUAAGUGGGAGGAUGUUCGUGAGCUGGAAGAUGUGAAAAAAUCUAUUCUUGAUACAGUUCAGCUCCCCUUUCUGCAUAAAGAUUUGUUUUCAUCUGGGCUACGUAAGCCCUCUAGUGUUCUUCUCUACGAUCCUCCUGGUACAGGGAAAGGCAGCUUUCAUGAAUGGGAACGCGUCAGCGGGGAACAAUCCUGGCUGAGAAAGGAACUCCUUUCCAAUUGCGAGAGCAUUGAAUGGCAGGAGAAAAUUAUAGAGGAUUUGGGUUCAGAAAUGGAAAGUACAUCUAAUCGUCUUGAUUUUGUUCAGUUAUGUGGUAGUAAUCCUUCUAAGGGGGUGUUUGUUGGGCUGCUUCUUUCAAUGUCAUUAACAACAGUGGUUUGAAGUUUUUGAUGGAAAAGAAUAGUGUUAAUGCUCUUCAUAGAAAAGUAUGUUGGUAGUUUAGGAAAU